AUGUUGACAGAAUACUUUUCGUCCACGUUUUCACCAUGGGUUUUCACCAUCACUCUAUGUAUCCUGAUCGUGUUUAAAUGGACAAGAAAAUCAAAGAAUUUACCGCCUUCCCCUGGCAUUAGUCUGCCAAUCAUCGGCCACCUUUAUUUGUUAGACGCCAAGAACUCCAGAAAAAAAUUUAAGGAAUGGAGCCAAAAACUAGGCCCAGUGUUUAGUCUAGAGAUGGGUAAAAACAUAUACAUCAUUGUCAAUAAUUUGGAGCUGUUGAAAAAAGUGACCGUAAAACAAGCGGACACAAUGGCUGGGAGAUCGACCGCUGAUUUGUUAUCUGUGAACGUGCCGGCUAAGAAUAAAGGGAUUGUGUUCUCAUCAGGUCCGCUGUGGAAAGAGCAAAGGUCAACUGCUAUGAACAUCCUCAAAUAUCUCGGCAUGGGGAAGAAUAUUUUAGCGGAGAAGAUAACCCAGGAGGUUUUGAUGUACGCUAAAGAGUUGUCGAAACAGAAUGGAGCGCCUUUCAACAUUAGUAAACUGACAACUAAGAGUGUGUCGAAUAUAAUUCAUUCGGUUAUUUACGGUUUUCGGUACGAUUAUGACGACCCUAGAUUAAAAACCCUGGUUGAUACUAUAGAAUACGUGGUUGGGCUUGCUUCUACAGUGAAUCUGAUUAACAUCAUACCCUCGUUAAUAUAUCUGCCGUUUGAUUUUUUCGGAGCUAAAUUAAUGGUCGAAAAAAGAAAAGAGUUUCAUAAGAAUACUGAAAGAUUGGUUGAGACAAUUGCGAAAGAUUUUGACCCGGAGAAUAUUGAUAACUUUAUUGUGGCGUAUAUUCAGGAGAUGAAAAUGAAAGAACAAUCAGGCAAGCCGACGUACUUGAGCUAUGAGAGUUUAGCUCGGAGUGUUGAUGAUAUGUUUGUAGCAGGCACCGACACCACGGCUACCACCAUCGUGUGGUGUCUCCUCUACUCCAUACACCACCCAGAUAAACAAGAUAUCAUGUACCAGGAGAUUCUAGAGCAUGUCGGAACUGAACGAGUGCCAAACAUGAUGGACAAACAAAACCUGAAAUACGUCAACGCUUUUAUCUACGAAACCCAAAGAAUCGCCAGCAUCCUGCCUAUUAUUACGUACGAGUGUACGGCCGAUACGAGUUUUGAAACGUACACAAUCCCAAAAGGGACGCAAAUAGCGACAAAUCUCGACUUGAUCUUACGAGAUAAAAAAAUUUGGGGGGAUCCGGAAAACUUCCGACCGGGAAGGUUUAUUGAUGUUGAAGGGAAGCUGAGGACGCCGGAAGAGUUUAUCCCGUACUCCGUGGGGCGGAGGGUUUGUAUCGGAGAGUCUCUGGCCAGGAUGGAAAUGUACCUCUACAUGGCCAUUUUAUUCCAGAAGUUCAAGAUCCUACCUGAGGAUGCGAACAACAUGCCGUCUCUGGAAGACACCGCUGGGCUGACAGCUCCACCACUGCCGUACCGACUGAGAGCCGUGCCAAGGUUGAACUAACAGUUUGUUGGGAAUCUUCGACUUUACAAUUCAAGAAUCUUUUCUUCGAGGGGUGUUUGGCACUAGCACACCCCGCCCCCCUCUCUAGAGUACGCAU